GAAGGAGGCGGCAGCAGCAGCAGCCCAGAGCCAGUUGGUGAGUCAGAGCAGAGAAGUGCACAGGUCGGCUGGCAGCCAGCCUCUCAGCAGUGGGGAAGCUGAAGCCCUCAUCAAGGCUUCCCAUGCUGGCGUGAUGAUACUGUACAAGAAGACAAGGCUGCUGCUGUUCCUCUUAUCCCAGGUGGCUGUCUUGGCCCUCUUCUUGCACAUGUACGGCCACACCACCUUGUCUUUGGCCGACAAAGAGGAGUCCAAGCCCAUGCAUGUGCUGGUCCUCACCUCCUGGCGCUCGGGCUCAUCGUUUGUGGGACAGCUGUUCGGGCAGCACCCUGAUGUCUUCUACCUCAUGGAGCCCGCCUGGCACGUGUGGAUGAGCUUCACGCAGAGCACGGCCUGGAGGCUGCACAUGGCUGUGCGUGACCUCAUCCGGUCCAUCUUCCUGUGCGACAUGAGCGUCUUCGAUGCCUACAUAUCGCCUGGAUCCAGGAAGCUGUCCAGCAUCUUCCACUGGCACCACAGCCGGGCCCUGUGCUCCCCGCCAGCCUGUGGCGUCUUCCCUCGCGACUCCAUCAUCUCCCAGGAUCACUGUAGGGUCCUGUGCAAUCGUGAACCCUUUGAGGCAAUGGAGAAGUCCUGUCGCUCCUACAGCCACAUAGUGCUCAAGGAGGUGCGCUUCUUCAACUUGCAGUCCCUCUACCCGCUGCUGACAGACCCCUCCCUCAACCUGCACAUCGUGCACCUGGUGCGCGACCCCCGGGCUGUGUUCCGUUCUCGGGAACACACGGCGGGAGACCUCAUGAUCGACAGUCGCAUUGUCAUGGGGGAGAACUGGCAGAAGCUCCAGCAGCAGGAACAACCGUACCACACACUGCAGGUCAUCUGCCAGAGCCAGCUGGAGAUCUACAAGGCGGCCCAGUCCUUGCCCAAAGCCCUGAAGCAGCGCUACCUGCUCAUGCGCUAUGAGGACCUAGUCCGGGAACCUCUGGCCCAGACUUCUCGAAUGUAUGACUAUGUGGGGUUGAAAUUCUUGCCUCGUCUCCAGACCUGGGUGUACAACAUUACCAGAGGCAAGGGUUUGGGUGGACAUGCCUUCCAUACCAAUGCCAGGGAUGCCAUCAAUGUGUCCCAGGCCUGGCGCUGGUCCUUGCCAUACGCCAAGGUUGCUCAUAUUCAGGAAGUCUGUAAGGACACCAUGGAUUGGCUGGGCUACUACCAUGUCAGAUCAGAACAGGAGCAGAAAAACCUGUCAACAGAUCUUCUGUCUGCCUGGAAGCCCUCAGAGCACAUAUUCCAAGAGGACUGAUGAGGCUCAAUGUCCACUUGGACUGGCCUCAACCGAGCUCAUUGGAUGCUCAGAGCCUUCACUGGGUCUCUGCAGAUCCCUGUGGUGACCAGGAGCCGAACCCACAAGUGCUCCAGCAGAGGAACUUGGUGUCUGCCGUCCUGUCCAGGAGAGAGACUUGGGAACCUUAUGUGAGCAGCUCUCUCCACCAACAACAUGAGGGGGCUUGCCUUGUGUCUCGACCUUCCCAUCCAUACACACCUCAGAGGUCCUGUGGCCUGGAGGCCCAAGGGGCACCACACAACAUCAGAGGAGUAUCUCGUCCAAAGGGAAAAAAUGGAGUCGGUGAAAACCAGGAAGGGCGACUUUCACCAAAGACUACCCUGGAGCAUUCCUCAGAGACAGUGGCUCCCAGCCCUGGGUUUCACGGGGGGAAACCGGCAUGGAGUAGGAUGCUGACCCAAUGAGCUCAGCUGCCACAGCCACGGGCAGGGGGAUUCACAACUACAGAACAGAACUGGCUCCCAGGUUCCCAAGGAGGCUAGGCCCGAUUUGGAUGUCACUAACCCUCUGCAUUUGCCUGUCACACAGAAGACUUAGACCUGAGACACUGCCAUUCACUAACACUGAGUGUCCAAAAUGAAAUCCUGUCCCCUUUUUGUCUUUUCAAUGCUGCAAGUAAGCGCCCAUUCACAAGGUCUCCUCUAACCCAACACUGUGACCACCUUUGCAGUUUUCCUUUCCCUUCAUAUUUUUGCCAUUAGCUAUCAGCCACAUGCAUAAAAAUUGUGAAUUCAGUGCUCAAUAUCAGAUAGGUCCUAGAUUUGUACCUUUUUAGGAAGUGGCAGAGGGACAGUCACUGGCAUAACAGUUAAGACUGUGAAAUCCCACAUCCCACACUGGGGUGACUGAGUUUGCGUGCCAGC